AUGGCCGAUGAUGAUGAUUACCAAGAUAUGGACAACGAUGACUUUGUGGACGACAAUGAUAUGGAAGAUGUGAUUGAGGAAGACCCACAACGUGCGGAUAAUGAGGAUGAGGACGAUGAUAAUGUCGAUGAGAACUUCGAGUUAUUCGAUCAAGGAAAAGCUGUUCCGACCAGUGAACAUGUAACAACUCCGUUCAUGACAAAAUAUGAACGUGCUCGUGUUCUUGGAACUCGUGCUCUUCAAAUUGCUAUGGGUGCUCCAGUGAUGGUUGAGCUCGAAGGAGAGACUGAUCCACUUGAGAUUGCUAGAAAAGAGCUCAAGCAACGUCGCAUCCCUAUCAUCAUUCGUCGUUAUCUUCCAGAUGGCUCCUACGAAGACUGGCCAACCGAGCAACUCCAACUUGCUGAUUGGUAG